AUGGGAGGAUCAAAAUCAACACCCCAAACUGAAACACCACCACCAGGCCCCUUUUUUAACAGCAAGAAAGAACUUUUGGACAAAAACCUCAGGGAACUUAAGCUGAGCGAUUCAAACGUUAAGUACAUCAGAAUCUUGCUAGUUGGAGAAAUUGGAGCAGGAAAAUCCAGCUUCAUCAACUCAGUCAAUAGUGCUUUUCUGGGAAGAAUCACAACAGAAGCUCUUGCUGAUUCUGGGUCUGGUGAAAGUUUUACAAAAGCAUUCAAUCCAUCUGCUUCUGAUAAAAAUAGCGACUGCAAAAGUGAAACAAGCCCUGAGGAUCUGACAUACUGCCUGGUCUACGUCAUAGCAGCUGACAAGGUAUCAUUGAUGAAUCAUGAAGUCUUCAAAAAGAUGAAAGAUAUUAGACAGAAGGCCAGCAGUCUGGAAAUUCCUCAGGCAGUCAUCAUGACGAGGGUGGAUGAAGCAUGCCCACUAGUCAAAAAAAGCCUAAGAAAAAUCUACACUAGCAAGAAGAUAAAAGAGAAGAUGCAGCAGUGCUCUAAUUCUGUUGGAGUCCCUGUGAGCCACAUCUUCCCUGUGAGGAACUACCAUGAGGAGAUUGAUACACAAAAUGACAUGGAUGUGCUGAUAAUGAGGGCUCUCACGCAGAUUGUGCACAUAGCAGAUGAUCUGCUGAACAGAAGAAAAAGUGAUUCUAAAAAAUGA